CACACCCCCAUUCACGUAGAAAACGCUUCUUCUUCUUCUAGUUCAGUCCCUUCAACACAAUAGCAAUGGCGACAGAAACAAACCAAGAAACUGGCAAGCUGGAGUUCUUCCUGGACGUCCCCUUCCCAUCGUCUCGUGAGGCCACCGUGGCCCUGAGGUCCCUGUCCCCGGACCGGGAGCCGAGGAGAGGUGGCAUCAGCAAGCAGCUGAGCGUGUCUGGCAGCACGCUGUCUGUGAGGUGGAGCGCAGACGAAGCUCGGAUCCUCAGAGUGUCCGUCAACUCCUUCCUGGACCACCUGUCGCUCGUCGUGGAGACCAUGGAACUGUUCGGCCCUCCUGUCGACCUUUGAUACACAGCACACAUGACUCUGGGAUGAAUAGAUAGAACAAAAACACAAGAUGGCGCUGUUGGGAUUUUUAGAUAUGAGGAAAACAAACUGUAUCUGACUUCUGGUUUUUCAGUUUCAACCAUUCAUGAAGAGUAUUUAUCUUCAUCUGUCUUUUAACAAGAAGGCACUGCAGGAACCUGAGGAGUAUAUGAGUUUUUCACUUGAAUUAUUUUCUUGUAAAGGUCAGACUUCCUGUGUUCUUGUAUGUUGUCAACUUUGUAAAAAAAAUAAAAUAAAUCUUUUUCUA